AUGUCUCUAACCAGCGUGAAAAUGUCGGAGGAAGUGUGGUUAAGUUGCGUCACUCAUGCAUUGUCCACUGAGACCGAGGAGAUUAUGGGCCUUCUUCUUGGGGACAUUCAGCAUUCGAAAAACGGGAACGUGACUGCAUUGAUAUGGGGAGCGUCUCCCCAGACGAGGUCUGAUCGGCGGAAGGAUCGUGUGGAGACCAACCCUGAACAGUUGGCUGCUGCUUCUGCCCUCGCUGAAAGAAUGACCGCCGCCACUGGAACUACAACCAGGGUCAUUGGUUGGUACCAUUCACACCCUCACAUUACAGUUCUCCCUUCCCAUGUUGAUGUCCAUACUCAGGCAAUGUAUCAGCUUCUUGACUCUGGAUUUAUUGGUUUGAUUUUUUCCUGUUACAGUGAAGAUGUAAACAAGGUAGGAAGAAUUCAGGUAAUUGCUUUCCAGUCGUCUGAUGGAAAGCAGAAUCACAUGUCAAGACCAAUACCUUUGUCUCCUGUAAAUAGAAGCCCUAUUAUUGAUAUUGAUUCGUCACCAAGUUCCUCAGAGAAUACAUCAAUAAGAUCUGGUUACUUCAAGGCAGAGGGCGCUGAGCAGGACACUGGUGAUUCAAGAAGUGUUGGUGCCAGUAAGGACGGGGGGAGAUCAGAUUUGGGAAAUUUCUUUGCUAAUGCUGAUGCCAACUAUCUAGGGAGAGAAAAAAGUGGAGGAAACUACCAUCUUAACAAUUCAGACACUAACAUAGUUGAUGUUGAUCCCAUGGAUAUGUCAGAAAGUAUGCAGGAGGCCAUGCAUCGUUCAAAUUUGGACAUGAGUGGCGCGGAGUUCGUAAGAAAAGAAAUUCCCCUUUAUGUUGUGCCAGCCUUGUCUUUAAUCAACCUUGAUUCACCAUUAUCAUCGUACACAGAUCUGCAACAUGUAUUAUUUGAAGAGGAGCAAAAUGCAUAUAAUCAAGCCAUAUUACAAAAUAUGAGGGAUGGGAAAGUGCAUCCUCUGACUUUUAUACACCACACUUCAACUUAUCAGGCUUCCUUGUGCAAGUUGAUUGAAUACUGUUUAAGUCCUGCAAUAAGUACACUUCAAGAUCGACUGAGAGAUAAUGAAAUUCGGUUAGCAGUUCUGAGUGAAGAAGCCAAAAGUCUGGAGGUUGAGGCAUAUAAUAGAGGGAGCGAAGCAGGUGUAGGAUCUCCACGACAAGUUGCAUCUCCUGCACAUCGAGGAGGUUCCUCUCCUAGUCUGAGAAAUUUGCACAGUUCACCUGAAUCACCCGGUUCUAGGAAUUUAGCAAGUCCUGGUAGCCGGAGCAGAAAAGGAUAUUGA